AUGGAACAAACACAAAGUUUGGGUCUGGACAACAUUAAUCUUCUGGAAGAUGAUAUCCCUGAAAACAAUUGUAACAGCAUUGGCUCUGUUUCAACCAACAACGACUGUGGUGAAACCCGCUUGUGUUUGGUUCCUAAAGUGGGGAUGACUUUCGAAAGUGUGGAUGAGCUCAAGAAAUUUUAUAAACAACAUGCAAUCAGAAGUGGUUUCGGUGUCCGAAUCAGAACAUCAAAGAAAGAUGAUGAUAAUCAGCUCUACUACGCCAAACUAGUUUGUUCUCAAGAAGGAACCCAUGUGUCCAACAUUCCCCCGGAAAAAAAAACCAUUCUGACACAAAGAAAGGCAUGCCCUGCACGUGCUACUAUUGUUAAAAAGAAAGAUGAAUGGUUGAUUAAAAGUGUGGUGGAGGAACAUAAUCACCAUUUAAGUCCACACAAAUCAAGGCUUGUGCGAGGUAAUAGGAAGAUAAAUAUGCAGGCAAAAAGAGUAAUUGAUAUCAAUGAUCAAGCGGGAGUGUGUUUGAACAAAAGUUUUCGGUCCUUGGAAUUUGAGGCUGGAGGUUAUGAGAACUUGGAUUUUGUGGAAAGGGAUGUGAGGAACUAUAUUGGUCAGCAGAGACGAGCGCUUGUUAAUGAUGGUGAUGGGCAAGCAUUGUUUAAUCAUUUCUCGAGGAUAAGGGAAUUAAAUAAGGAUUUCUUCUUUGAAAUCGACGUCGAUCACGACAACAGAAUUACUAAUGUGUUUUGGGCGGACGGGAGGAGUCAAGCGGCAUGUGUCGAUUUUGGGGAUAUUGUGUCAUUCGACACCACAUACUUGACUAAUAAGUAUGACAUGCCUUUUGCCCCAUUUAUAGGUGUUAAUCAUCACGGUCAACCCAUUUUAUUAGGUUGUGGGCUGUUAUCAUCAGAGGACACUAGAACAUUUGUAUGGUUAUUUACAUGCUGGUUGUGUUGCAUGUCAAAUAAGGAACCACUUGGAAUCGUGACCGACCAAUGCAAGGCCAUGAAAAAUUCUAUUGAAAUUGUGUUUCCCAAUGCAAGACACAGGUGGUGUCUUUGGCACAUCAUGAAAAAAGUGCCUGAGAAGUUGCAAGGGUACUCAAGUUACAAGCAAAUUAAGCAUGACAUGAAGCAGUUGGUGUAUGAGUUAGUGAGUGUUGAUGCUUUUGAGUGUGGUUGGGAUAAGUUCAUCACAGAAAAUGGAUUACAUGAAAAUGCAUGGCUUUUAACACUUUAUGAAGAUAGACAUCGUUGGGUGCCAUGUUAUUUGAAGAAUAACUUUUGGGCAGGUAUGUCGACUACGCAACGGAGUGAGAGCAUGAAUGCAUUCUUCGAUGGUUUCAUCAAUUCGACAACAACAUUGCAACAAUUCGUGGUUCAAUAUGAGAAUGCCAUUAGGCAAAAGGCCGAGAAGGAGUGUGAGGCUGACUUUGCAUCCUUGAAUACCACAAUUCCUUGUGGCUCACAUUCCAUUAUUGAGAGACAAUUCCAGGCUGAAUACACUCAUGCUAAGUUUGCUGAGGUUCAACACGAAUUUAGGUGUAAAAUGAAUUGCAUGAUUAAAAACAUUUAUGUGGAAGCGGGAACCUCAAAAUACCAUGUUCAGGAAGAAUUUAUGUGGAAAGAUAAAUAUGUUUUAAAGAGAUGGAGCAAGCUACAACGUAGAAGGCACGCAUACAUAAGGGUUGCAAGCAAUUCUGAUAAGGAAGAAGCGAAUGUCAGAAGGUAUGAUGCACUUUGUAAGCGUUUCUAUGAGAUUGCGGAGGUUGCAUGCGAGUCAGACAACGAAACACAAAGUUUGUUUAAGAAAUUGGACUCCAUUGCAUAUGAUCAUGGAUUGUCAUCUUUUGAUAAUCCGGAUAAGGGGGUUGAAAUGGAGACUGGAAAUGAUUGUCCUAUACAAACCGUGUCAUCCAACCAAUGUGUCCGCAGUCCUAUUUCUGUUAAAAGAAAAAGGAAGACCCCGAUCGAUGAGAUUGAAAUCCAUUGUGGAGAAGAUUGGUAA